ACUCUCUGCAUCUUCUCCCCACCCAUCACUCUGCUGACAGCUGUCUGACAGCCUUGGCAGGAAUCUCUACCUGGCCAAGAGCGUGGCAUUUGGUGAGUGGGGGAUUACACACUGUGUAUGUGCCACCCUCACCGUUCCCCCAGGAACUUUCUCCUGCCUCCUAUCUUCUCUAAAUCUCUUUACCAGGUCCUCAUUCACUAGGACACUGGGCACCAGGCAGCUGCUACUACCAAACUGUCUGGAGUCCCGGCAGUCCCUCUUUGCCUGUGGCCUUCACAAGUCCCAGGAGAAGGUGGUCCCAGAAACAGAAAGUGGCUGGGAGGCACAUGAAGUAAGGAGAGCUUUUUCUUUGGGGGGACAGUGGAGGAGGGGGAUAAAAUAGAUGGGGAGGAAAAAAAAAAAGUGAGCGCAAGCGAGUGAGGGAAGAAGCCCUGGCAAGUGUUCAUGAGAGAGAGAAAAAGUGGAAGAAAGGAAAAGAAGGAGAACAAGGGAAAAAGCAGGUGGAAGGAAUAGAACAAGUGAAAAAAAUAUAAGCUAACAAGAGGGAAAGGGUGGCCUGAAAGACAGAGUGGCAGGCUGUUCUUGCCUCCUUGCCUAGCACCUGAUGACAAUGCCUUGAGGAUCCCCUCCAGCGUGCAUACACCUUGCAUCAUAGCAGCAGCAGAUGAGGAGAGACGUGGUUACCCCCAUGUGGAGUCCCUUUCACCCUCUUACGAAACCCCAGUGGCAGAGACAGGGGGCAGCCUAGUGGGAGUGGCAGCAUGGGGGACUCAUCAGAGUCCACCUUGCACAACAAUUCACUGUGGUGGCUAGCAUGUGGGAUGUUAGCCCUUUUGGCCAACUCCUGGAUUAUUCUCAGCAUCACAGCCAAGCAACAGAAACACAAGCCCCUGGAGCUGCUACUAUGCUUCCUUGCUGGGACCCACAUCCUUAUGGCAGCAGUGCCCCUCACCACCUAUGCUGUGGUGCAGCUGCGGCGUGAGUCCUCCGACUAUGACUGGAAUGAAAGCAUCUGCAAGGUCUUUGUCUCCACAUACUACACCCUGGCUCUGGCCACCUGCUUCACAGUGGCCUCUCUCUCCUACCACCGGAUGUGGAUGGUGAGAUGGCCAGUCAACUAUCGGCUGAGCAAUGCCAAGAAACAGGCUCUGCAUGCAGUCAUGGGUAUCUGGAUGGUAUCAUUCAUCCUCUCAACCCUGCCCUCCAUCGGCUGGCACAACAAUGGGGAGCGCUACUAUGCCCGUGGCUGCCAGUUCAUUGUCAGCAAGAUAGGGCUGGGCUUUGGUGUCUGCUUCAGCCUCCUGCUCCUUGGAGGAAUCGUCAUGGGCUUGGUGUGCGUGGGUAUCACUUUCUACCAGACACUGUGGGCACACAGAAGACGCCGGCGGUGCCGCCAUCAGCGGGCAGAGGAAGCGUCAUCCUCCUGUUCUUCCUCAGCACACAACACUUUCAAUGUGCCGGCCAUUGUAGUGGAGGAUGUGCGAGGCAAAAGGAGGUCUUCACUGGAUGGCUCUGAGUCAGCCAAGACCUCCUUGCAGAUGACCAACCUCAUCAGCGCUAUUGUCUUCCUGUAUGACACACUCACUGGGGUGCCUAUCUUGGUUGUGAGCUUUUUUAGCCUGCGCUAUGAUACGGCCCCCACCUGGAUGGUUCUGGCUGUGCUCUGGUGCUCCAUGGUGCAGACCCUGCUACUCCCCUCUUUCAUCUGGUCCUGUGAACGCUACCGAGCUGACCUCCGCACCGUGUGGGAACAGUGUGUGGCUAUCAUGUCUGAGGAAGAUGGAGAUGAUGAUGGUGUAUGUGAGGAUUAUGGUGACAGCAGGAUCUGCAAAGUGAGAUUUGAUGCAAAUGGUGCUGCAGCUGUGAAGCGUGACUCUCGGGACAUCAAGCUGCUGCCCAUGCACCACAUGUUGUUGCCCCAGGACAAGGUGCAUUAUCUCCAGGUCCCUAUCUCCCGGAGAAUGUCACAUGAUGAGACUAACAUCUUCUCCUCCCACCGCUCUGCUCCAUCCUUCCUACACAAGUGGUCUUCAUCUGAUGAUAUCCGCAUCUCCACCCCCCGCAAGCCUGGAGGCCCUGGCUUCUUGCCUCCUCAACUGCAUGACUACCAGCACCGCCAGCGGCCCCCAGAAGAUGAGCUGACAACCCUCCGGCAGUUUCUGGAGGGGGGGCUGAUGCCCCGGGGAUCCAGCUCCAGUGCCUGCUUCUUCCGAGAUGAUAUCACCAUGUUCAUUGAUGAGACGCCACAACCGACCCCAGCCUGCAGCCCACGGCACUCCCAUCUCCUGCUCACAUCCCGCCGCGAUCGCCGCCUCUCACUUGGCAGCAGAGAGGAGGAGAAUACUGACCGGCCGCGGCGCUGCUCGCUGGCUGGCCACGAAGCCUGGCAUCUGCAGGACGGAGAGCAGGCGCCACAUGAAUGGACCCUUGAGGCCUGUGAGGCUCAAACCUUCCAGGAUCCCAAACAAUGAGAGACAACAUCAGAAACAUUCAGUGCCAUCAAGAUUUUUAAAUAAAACUUCAAAUGUUCCCUUAUCCUGGGACCCAAUUAUUAAUUUACAUUCUUGUCUUUCUCGCCAGCAGGCAGGAAACAAGGCAUCUCACAGUUGUGGGGGAAAAAGUGCGACAGAUCUGCAGAACAGAGUGCUACGGAUGUGGACAGUCUGUGCCUGCUCUCAGGUUAUAAACACAACCACCGCUGCGACAGCCACUUGGCACCCUUGCCAGUCCCAUCCCUUUGUGAACUCCACCCUCGCAUUAGCUCUGCCCUAAGAGACAAGGCAGGCACAGGAUGGUAUUAAAAUUCUAUAUUUGGAGUGUCAA